AUGUUACUGCAGCACGACACGGAGGAAGCUGCCAGUGGCCGUGUCCAGAUACCGGACGUAGAGGCUGCCACUAUGCGGCAGCUCGUCCGCUACGUGUACACGGACGAGGUCCCGGAGGGGAAAGAAUCUGCGGCAGAGCUACUCGCGGCUGCCGACAAAUACGGCCUCCUUCUGCUGAAGGAGGCUUGCGAGGACCGGUUGCUGCAGAAUUUGUGUCCAGAAAAUGUGGCGGAGUGUGCGGUGCUGGCUUCGCAGCACUGUUGCUCGCGCCUGCUCGGUGCCGCCGUCGAGGUGAUCUCCCGGGACCCUCCAGAGGCCCGCAAGACGGAGGGCUGGCGAGAGGGAGUGGCCUGCUGCCCGCAACUGAUGACGCAAAUCUCGGAGUUGGUUGAAGCGAAAAUCAGUGCCGCAAAGGACGUCGCCUUGAAGAAGUGGCUGCACGAAGCUGCAGAACGUGGAAAUGUGGACGAACUCCCAGACAUACUGGCACAGGGAGUGGACAUAAACUGCCGGUGUGAGAACGGUUACACGGCACUUCACAAGGCGGCGAAGGGUGGCGACGUCUUGGCCGUAAACUGGCUGUUGGAGGCGGGUGCCGAUGUCAGUGCACGGAAUAACUGGCAGCAGACGCCCCUCCACAUAGCAGCGGGAUACGGCAGGCAGGGAGUCGCCAUGACCUUGCUGUUUUACGGGGCAGACAAAGACGCGUGGGAUGGUAGCGGGCAGACGGCUCUGCAGGUUGCUGCCGCGUGUGGUGAAGCGUCCAUGGUCAACCUGUUGUUGCGGCUGGGAGCGGACCGAUCUGCUGCCGGAUACGGUAUGACGCCUCUACAACUUGCCCAGGCGUACAACAGGAAGACUGUCGUCGGUAUUCUGAGUGGUAUUCAUCCGGUGUAA